AUGAUACAAAAUAGACUGAGCCUAAAUAGUUCUAGUGAAUUUAUAUUAAGUGCACAAAGCUUGGCUGAGAGCUAUAGAGUCCAGCUCGCGCUUGUUAGGCAGAAUUUAGACGAAAUUGUGAUAAAUCAGGUGGGAUUGAGGGUAAAAAAUAGAUAGGAGCUGGCAAACAAGUCUGAAGAUACGCAAAGAAACUUAGUAGAAGUCUUGGCAAAUCAGCUGGAAGAAGCUAAAAAUGAGCUGGAAACUCUGAAAAUAAAGCAAAAUCAUAGUGAAAAUGAAGUAGAAAGGCUGAAAAAUUUAGCUGCUCAGCUGGAAAAUACAAAUAGCACACUGUAAUAAUAAAAUAGGGUGAGUGAAAAUAGCAGCUUGAAAAACCACGUAACCUCAAUUUCUUCACAAAUUUCUACUCUACAGCAGCAAAUUGUAACAAAUAACAGUGAAUUUGAAGCAAUGAAAGCAGAAAUCUCAGCACAAGCUACCAAGAUUAAGGAAACUGAAGCAGAAAACCUAAAUUUAAAACAAAACCUUAGCCAAGCACUCCAAGAAAAAGAAAAACUGAUGAGCUCUAACAUAAACAACGUCUCUGAGUUAUCCCUUGCCAGAGAAGCCAUCAGCUCUAUGACUUCUCAAAUCGCCCAAUUCCAAAAAGAAAUACUGGAACUCCACAAAACAAACGAAAAACACAUCGAGCAAAUCGCGUCUAUGCAGACUGAAAAACUCACCCUAAUCCAACAAAACAGUAAAUAAUAUGCAGAAGCUGCAGAUGAGCUAAUAAAAGAAAUCUCCCACCCCAAGACCACUGUAUAUCCCUCACAGUCAAUUAGAAGCGACCUAUCCACCUGCGUAAUCUGCUGUGCGCCAAGAUUCGGGAGGAUGAAAAACUGUGCUGUCUGCCAAGUCCCGGUCCACGCAAGAUGCACAACUGAUGUAAAAUUUGUGUGUAAUAAAUGCAAAUAA